AUGUCCAGCAGCAACUUCUCCCGUGCCUCCACCUCCUCUAGAAGCUACAGAACGAGUAGAACGUCCCAGAUAAGAGGAAGAUCAGAGAGCAGAGUUGCGGAGCGAGUGAGGAACAGUAUCAGACGAAUCAGUACCGUCUUCUUCGAGGCCCCUAAAGAUAAGAACAAGUUGCUGGGCACUCUCGACGAGUCUAUUGAAGACAGUCCGUGGAGUCAGAACAGAUGGAGGCCGCCAGCGUGGGAGUCUUCUGAAAGAAGAACAUUAGCAGAGGUCCUCACGCAGGUGCCAAAUUACAUCAUAGACAAGGGAGAUGACGGGUGCAGGGAGGUAGUGUCAUACGUGGACGGAGUGGUCAUGUUCACUGACCUGUCCGGGUUUACAGCUCUCUGUGAGAAAUAUGCAGAGUCUGACGAGAAACCACACACUAACGGGGAGAAGAUCCCGUCCAGAGGGGUGGACGCUCUCACUGCCUCGCUCAACGAUUAUCUGGGCAGAAUAGUUCAAGAUCUAAUGUGCGCUAACGGGGAUAUUCUGAAGUUCGCGGGGGACGCUAUCCUUACUCUGUGGCAGUGUGAAGAAUCAGAGUUCCCGGCUACUAUAGACAGAGUAGUUACUGCUGCUAUCAACAUUCAGUGCAAAAUGGACAAUUACAUGACCGAAGUGGGAGUGAACCUGCGAGUAAAGAUAGGAAUUGCAGUGGGAUGUGUUAUCUUCUACCACAUAGCUAACGAUAACGAGCGGCACUUUGGCGAGGCUGGUCAGACGAUUGAGGAGGUCAAUAUAGCUCAGAGUAGUGCGAGUAGUGGAACUGUCGUGAUAUCCCCUAAGGCGUGGGACUUGUUGGAGCAGAAGCUCUUCAGUUAUAAUAUUUUAGAGAAUGGAUACGUAGAGAUUAACCGAAGGUCGUCCCUAUCUAAAACUCUUCAGACCUUUAUGGAGACGAGGGACCCCACAAAAACAGAGAUCUUCAACAACACCCCUGAACCAGAGUGCUUGAGGCUGACCCAGCUAAGCAAGGUCUCUGAGAAGGAUGAGACGAUAUACCGGAUGUACACCAAUCAGAACGUUAUCUCCAAGUUAGAUGCUUGUGCUGAGCUGAGGUGGCUCAGUGAGAUAAGAACAGUCACUGUCAUGUUUUUAGAGGUGCACCUAUCAGACUACAAUCCAGAAAAUCACAUAGAUAUUCUCAACACUAUACAGCUAGCCUUCACAAUUAUAUACGAUCAGAUGACUCGUAUGUUAGGGACUAUAAACAAGUUAUACAUGUUUGAUAAAGGCUGCACCUUCCUCAUCAUAUUUGGGAUGCCAGGAAAGAAACACGAGGAUGAACCAACCCGGGCUCUUAAAGCCGCUGAUAAUAUAAUGAAGGAUUUCCACACCAAGAACCUCGAGGCUAGUAUAGGGAUCACCACUGGCAGAGCAUUCUGUGGAAUUAUUGGUCAUCCUCAAAGGCACGAAUAUGGAGUAAUUGGUAAGAGCGUGAAUCUAGCAGCGAGGCUGAUGUCUAACUAUCCUAAACGUAUAGCGUGUGAUGACACCACGCGGACACUUUCUAAUCUCGACCCUCAAGAUUUCCUGAAACUGUCUUACAUAAAGAUGAAAGGUGUCCCCUCUAACAAUGUUCACUACGAGUAUAAGAUAGACAGAAGGAAAGACAGACUCUUCAGUACCUUCAUUCCUCCUCAGCAGAUCGAGGACGAUGGGGGAAAGAUUAUAGGUAGAGUGGAAGAGAUGAAGAUAUUCGAGCAGGAACUUACCAGACUAAUAGAACAACCUAAGGAGGACCCCCCAGUCUCUGGAUCUGACACUGUAAAGUCCAUAGUUAUGAAGAUAGAAUCAGCGACUGGUAUGGGCAAGACAAGGUUGCUUCAGGAGAUGAAGAACGUUGCAGAGAAAAAGAAAGUCAGGGUUAUAUUUGCGGCGGCUGGUGCUGUGGAACAUGCCACACCCCACUUUGCUAUCAAAGCUCUUCUUGUCCAAAUGUUCAGGUUGAUGGAAUGUUGCUCAGCUACGGACCGGGCAGAUGUUAUUAUAAAGUUCGUAGAGGAGGAUAUGAUAAAAGAGAUAUACUUGUUAAACGAGCUGCUUAAAAUACACGUGGGAUACGUGAAGCGUGCGAGGGAAAAAGAUAAAAAGAAGAAGUUGACUAACAUGAUUUGCUAUUUGUUCGAGAAGGCCGCCAAAGAACAGCACACUAUGAUUAUACUAGACGACGCUCAGUGGAUUGACAAGGACUCCUGGAUAAUGUUACAUGAGAUUAUAAAACGCUGCCGGGCGCUUAUAGUUUGUAGUACGCGACCAUUUCCUGCUGCUCAUCCUCCGAUGGAGGAGGCUAAAAGAAUCCUCAACGGUCCGUUUACUAAAGAGAUCCAUUUAUCUAGUCUAAAGCCAGAUGACAUGGUAAUGUUGGCGUGUCAGUUGAUAAAAGUAACCAGGUUACCAAUACAGCUGAUAAACAUCCUGAGAACCAGGUCCCACGGUGUCCCGCUCUACGCUGAGCAGCUAGUCAGCACCAUGCUCCAGUUUAAAGUUCUUCAGGUACACACAGAGAAGCAGCGUCACGACAUGAACAGGACCGGACCACUGGUGACAGGACCUCUUGUCACCGACACUAUUCAAGAGGAAAGUUUGCAAGACCCACUGGCCGGGAACGACCACCACAUGGUGAUGAGACUAUGUAAAACACCCAGCUUUAAAAGGAAAGUUAUCAAACAGCACUCCCGGCAGUCCACUUGUCCUCCUGUGGUAGUCAGGUUGGAUUCUAGUCCAAAUAAGUGCUCCCCCGGCGCUGGCAGCACCCUUCUGACAGGCUCCUCAAACGAACUGAUGAACAGGUCACAUCCCAAGUGCGCUAAAGACAGUGCUGAUGCUAAAACAGAGACCAUCAAAUACUACCACAGCAUUCCUGAAAUUCAGGCCAGUACGGAGAAGUUGUCGUGUUCCCUGCACGCGGGGGCAGAUCUGAGCACAGUUCCUAUAAAAGACAGUGUCACUGGAGUCAUCCUCACUCGUAUAGACCAGCUCUCCCCAAUCAACCAGAUGGUACUGAAGUCAGCUAGUGUGCUAGGGCGGAAGUUCCACUACGAAACUUUACAGGCGAUAACCCCCAACAUUCGAGAAGCUUCACUUGAGAAAGCUCUGACGGAGUUGUUAGCAGCUAAGAUAAUAGAGCGGUGCCAGGAGGACCGGCUGAGUGUGGCCUUCUUCAGGAACAGGAGACAAGACAGUCUCCCCCAACUUAGGGGCCAGAAGAUGUCAUACACGUUUACACACUCAAUCCUACAAGAGACUACCUACGGUAUAUUGUGUGCAGACCAGAGACGAGUCCUGCACGAGGGAGCCGCAGAACACCUUCAACUCAGGUUUCACAAGUGCGGAGAGUGCGGAUGCGGAAAGUUCCUCCAGAACCCACUCGGACCUCGAAACCCCUCCUCGGGAGUUGCCUUUAUUGGAGCCUCUCACGGCCUCAGUCUCCUGGGUCGCUCUCAGUUGGAAACUUUUGAAAGCGGAGGAGACAACUCAGAGCCAGCUGUAUCGGAGGACGAGGACGAGAUGAUAUGUGAUAUGACUCACAGUAACUCCGACAGAACAAGUGCAGGUAACAGUAACAAUAAAAGAGUUACGAUCGGUAAAACCACUGAGAUGGAGUUCCCGUUUAAUGGUCGUCGGACCACGUUGCUUGGGAAACCAAACUUUGCGGAGCUAGUCCCUCCACAUAGAGCAUGUCGACCUUCACUAGCUAGUGUUAAACUAGAAGCAAAGUUCCAGAGCACCAAAUGUGAAGACAACUUUAAGACACUGAUAAACUACAAGAAGAACUUGGAAACAUCAGAUACAACAGGAAACAAGUAUUCAGAAACAGAUACCAGACAACCAGACGAUUACAACUCGGAUCAAGACAGCGGUACAGGUUCUGGUAUGUGUAGUGACGAUGAGGCUGACAGGGCUGAUAAACUUAACACUCGCAGGUCCACUUCUGAGAGCAAUGUCUUCAGUACAAGUUCGUCAUCGCCGGAAAGUGAAAUGUUAGCGGCCCCUUCCCAAGACUCGGAUAUCGACACAAUGAACUCCUAUCGUACCAAUAUGGAUCAGAUAGAAGACUGGGUUCUCAACAAGGACAGAUGUCACUGCAGAGUGGUGAUCAGAGAGUUGGUACCCAGCAUAGUGCGACACUGGAAGGCAGCCGAGAACUUUGAUAACCUCAUAUCAGUGAUGAUAGAAGCUGUGGCAGCUGCGGUCUAUAUGGGGGACAGCGAGGAGGCUUUUUAUUGGAUAGGGGAAAUUAAUCGCAGACAAGACGACAAGAACACUGUAUCCUUCCAGGUGUCCAUGACGCGCAUGCAGGAAGCAACAGUCAGGUACUUACAGGGGCAGGCUCACUUCAAGAACAGUCAGAUUAAUGAUGCUAUAGACUGCUACAGGAAGUGUCUCAAGCAACUAGGAGCUCCCCAACCCUCCUCAAAGAUAGAGGCCCAUUUAAACCUAACGCUAUACGUUAUGAAACACAUGUUGGACGAAAAGUUCCACUUCAAAGUUAACAACUCCACUUUCAAUUACGAGGACGCAGAACGCUUUCACAUCAUCAUUCAGUGCCUUGGGCGGUUGAGAGUAGCACUAGAGGUGCAACAUAAGAACGUGUUGGCGUAUAGUGCUGCUGUAGAACAGUACAGGUACUGGUCUAGCAGUGCCAUAGAGGAGACCUCUAUGAAGCUGGAGACACUCGCCAACUUCAUUCAUGCUGCUCAAAAAUACGCCCUCAGAGUCCCUUACAAUCACAUUGAAGACAAACUGAACGCCUCUAUGGAGUUUGAAGCCCUGUCUCCUGAUAAUUCCAUGGCAUUGUUCUACGCUUACUUGCUGCUCACUGAGACUAAAAUAUCUGAGGGUGGUAUAAACGCUGGUGUAGAGCACGGGAGUAACGCUCUCCUUCUCUCCGAUUCUAUGAAACAUCGUUUACUGUUUGUUUCCGCUUCACCCAGUUUGGUUCUUGGCUUCUUCUUUAGCAACGACAGGAGCAAACUCGUAGAAACUCUGAAGAAUAUGAACAGAUUCGCUGUGGAGAUUUCCGACCACGAAGGGCAGGCCUGGUUUGUAGCGUUCGCACUGUUCCUGGAGACAGAGCUGUACGAGCAGCUAGAAUCCUCCCUCAUGUACAGAGAGUAUAUAUUUAGUAGUGUCAGCAGCGCAGACUUUACCAACGAUUCUAUCGCCAGGUUCUGCAUGCUGAUAUCGCUGGCACUAAGUUUUGCUCGUCAAGGAAACGGCCAGCGAGCAACCUCAUGGGUAACAGUAGCUCGAACUCUCGCCCCUCCAGUAAUCAGCAGCCUGACGUGCGCCUUCUUCCACGCUUUACUACUAGAAACUCUUAUACUGCUCUACCAGAUGGGAUACGAUGUUAAGAGGCGACUUCGCUCUACUCUCAAAGUGUGCCUCAAAAAUAUGAGCGUUUAUAAUUGUCUACGACCUCGUGUCUACACGUAUCUUGCGUUUGUUAAAUUGUUGAGAGGGAGAACUCGUGACGCGCACGCCGCCAUUGCACGUGCGAUGCAUUUUGCGGAAUUGUACGACCAGAGUCUGGAUAUCGUGCGGAUAAGGCAUUGUAAGCGGGCCUGGUUUGGGGAGAAGAAACCUAAGAAUUUACUGAAUAAAAUGCUGCAGCCAGGCAAGAGAGCGUUGUCGAGUAAGAAAGUACACACCUUGUUGGAGGAUCAGGUGGAGGUGGGAGAGGAGGAGGAAACUAGUAAAGUUUAUACUCUUCCUUUGCACCUGAACAAUGCUAACCUCUCUGAGGAGGCACCCAGUAACCCUAAAAUCAGCAGCUCCAGUCAGGAGAGCAAAGGGAAACAGAACUCCAGCACCCAGGAGUUUACUGACAUCCAGAACCCCAUGGGUGGGGUAGGGAUGGGAACGAUUGCGGAGUGCGAGGAACUUAUACUGCCAGAUACUGACAGCUCAAUUAAUCUUAUCCUUACCUCUUGCGCUUAAUUUAAUUAAUUUACCUUCAGUUUGUUUCAGUGUUCAGACCUACAGUCGUUAUUUACUGGAUACGUAUCAGAAUUAUUCUUUGUUAGUUUUUUUUUCGUGACUGCCAUGUUGUGGUAGUAACCUCGGUUAACUUUUUUUUAAUUCUCAAUUUUUAUUGAUUUUCUAUAUUAUUUGUUUUGUAAAUGUUAUGUCCUUGAAAUUCAUCGUUUUGCAUCACGUUGAUAUUGGAUAUAAUUAGUUUGUAGUUACUGUUAGUGUUAGUAACUACUACUGGUAACUAAUUAUUCUUGUAAGGACCAUAAUGCAGUAAUCCUUAAAUAUUGUGUGUUGUAUUACCUAUAUACUAUUGUAUUCCAGACUGUUUGAAAUGGCAACUGGUUUUUCAAGAAAGUGGAAAAUUUGAUCGAGUUUGAAAGUUUACAGAAUCAUGCAUGAUUCAUGUUCGUUUGUCUGUAUGCGAAUAAGAUUGAAGAUAUUAAUCUAAAAUAACUUCACUGUAAUUGCCCCAAGUAAACAAAACAGAAUGGAAUACAAUGUCGAACUAUACAGAGUCAAACUAUUUGUUUAAUUUAUUAAUUUUUUAUUUUUGUAAUAUUUCCAGAUAUGUACAUACGUAUAAUGAUAGGUGUGUUCUUUGACCGGAAUUUGUCUUCAAUGUAAUCAAUUUACGUUUCAUCACUGAAAA